AUGGCACCAUCUAUCGAGGCAAUUAUCAAGCAUUAUGAGCUUGAUCCAAGUUUGAUUGAAAAGGUCUCGGAGCGCAGGGAACCCAACAAAAUUGAGAUCAUCAAUCCAGAUCCCUCCUGGCCUCAACGCUAUCAGCUACUCAAAUCCCGUAUUGAAACCGCCCUUGGUUCCAGAGUUCUCGCCAUCACCCACAUUGAUGCCGUGGACAUUGAUGUCACUGUCACCGACCCUACCGACGAGGCCUCCUACUUUACCUUGCUUGAGGCUGCAGGGUUUCACUUCCGCACACGCCAGCCGCACUGGCACCAGCACCGCUUUUUUAGUUGCUACGAGCCUACCGCAAACGUUCACAUCUUUGGGCCGGACUGUCCUGAAGUAGUGAGGCAUUGUCUGCUCCGCGAAUGGCUAGCAAAAUGUCCUGAGGACCGGGAGCUUUAUGCGCAGACGAAGAGACAGGCGGCGAAAGAGACGAUAGAGGCGGGAGAGAGGCUGGCCAAGUAUAAUUUAAGAAAGCAAUCAGUGAUUCAAGAGAUUUUGGAGCGGGCAUUUCGGGAAGCUGGGUAUAUUCAAUGAGAUGAU